CGAGGGAGAUAUGUUCCUAGUAGGUUGUUCUUUUUACCACAAAGAGAGAUGGCUGACCAAAUGAUAGAUUAUGAUCCAGAGGAACUUUACAGGUAUUCAGCCCAGAAAUGGCUGUGGAAUGAACCGGCACAACUGCUCAGCAGAUACGUCCAAUUCAAUAUGGACGCCCUUAUCCAUGUUGCGGAAGAAGCUGCAGGACACGGGUCAGUCUGUGUAAAUGUAUCAAAGCUGCCAGAAGGAAAUUCCAACAAAGUGUUCCUUGUCACAAUGGAAGAUGGGGAACAACUUAUCGUCAAAAUCCCAAAUCCCAAUUCGGGGCCUGUCCACUACACCACGGCAUCUGAAGUGGCAACCAUGCAAUUUGUCAGAGAGAUACUUCAUAUUCCCGUUCCGAAGGUCCUUAGAUAUUGCUCGAGGGCUAGCGAAAGCAAGCUCGGCGCGGAAUACAUUGUGAUGGAGAAAGCUCCCGGUAUUGAACUUGGUAAAAUAUGGGAAGAUCUCAAGAGUCGCGAUAAACUUUCCAUCGUGGAACAGAUCGCCGCUAUCACCUGCACACUCGCUCGAUCCCAGUUCCCAUACCAUGGCGCACUUUACAAAAGACAAGAUGUUACCCGAUCUGAGAGCUUCGUCCUUGACGAUGAGUUUGCUAUCGGGCCUACGACUGGGCGAGCAUGGUUCGACAGUAGCAGAGCAGAGGUCGAAGUUUCUCGGGGUCCUUGUAUGUGUCUUACUUACCUUGAAUGGACCUCAGCAGGAAAUGUGAUGAAGGCAAUAGUGCAGCGAGAAAUAGCAUGUCUAGAGAAAUUCUCAUCCUUCCCCCGGCAUACUCAGCAAGGCAUGUUCGGCGGACCUGGCGGUUACCAUCCAACCAAGGAAGCGAAACUAUCGGUUCUUCACGAUUUCCUCAAAAUCUUUCCUUGUCUUCUCCCGACAAACGAGAAGCUCUCUGCAGGUGUACUUUGGCACAACGACCUUCAUAUGCAUAACAUAUUCGUCGACAGCGAAAACCCAUCUCGGAUCACGAGCAUUAUAGAUUGGCAAGGCACACCUGUCUACCCCAUGUUCCUGAUUUGCCAUUAUCCCUCCUUGAUUGAGUACGAGGGACCAAAGUUAGAUGGAUUUACUCAACCCGUUCUCCCUGAGAAUAUCAGGACACUUGACCCCGAGGCUAAAAAGGCUGCAAAGGACUUGUUCCUUUCUCAGUCUUUUUGGCUUUCAUAUGAGAUAGAUGUGCAGAAAGCUAUACCCGAGCUGCUGUAUGCAUUCCGUUAUAGAGAGACAUUGCCCGGCCAAAUACUAGGAAUCAUUGGGUCUACAUACGAUGAUGGAGAACCAUAUGUGCAAAGCUUACUUGCGGAUAUCACCGAAGAACAUGCCUGGAAGCAGCUGGUUGGAGUGGACGAGAAUGGCAAUCCUAAAGUGUUAUGCCCUUUGAGGUAUUCAAAGCAAGACAUGGCAAGAUUCAAGACAGAGUACGCCAAAUGGGAAAAGGACAUUGAAAGGAAGGCACGGGUAAUUGAGCAGAUCGGCGCCUAUACAGGCUGGAAUGGUGCAGUUUCUCCUCAUGAUUACAACGAGGUAGCGAAGAGACUUGCUGUGGCAAAGCAGGAUUUUCUGGCUCGGGAGUCAGCAAAUGAAGAAGAGAGAGCGAUAUGGGAAAAGCUCUGGCCGUUUCAAGAUUCUGUGAAAUGA